AUAAAGCUUCCGCAGUUUGAAUCAUCAUGGCAGCCGGCAAAGCGUCCUUGGUGGCGCUUGGACUUCAGUUCUGUGUGAAAAAUAAGCUUCUGUCGAAGUCAGCUUUGCCUGGUAUUGUCAGCUGUAUUAAAAAAGGUCUUGCCACAAGUGUGUUAUCUCAGACUGUUGAAGUGCCCAGCGCCACAAUCUCUCCAAGCGGCAGUUUUGCCGGACCGCUGGAGCAUUACAACAGUCUCAUUCAAGAUGGACAGUUAGGAGAAGAUCUGCAGCAGAGGGCUGUUUUGGAAAAACUGGAUCAGAUGCAGAAGGAUCUUCGAGGGUACAGCAAUGAACGCUCAACACUUUUCUCAAAGUUCUUUUCAAAGAGAAAGCCACCGAAAGGUUAUUACAUAUAUGGAGAUGUCGGCACAGGAAAAACUAUGGUUAUGGACAUGUUUUAUGAUCAUGUAGAGACAGCCAAGAAAAAAAGGGUCCAUUUUCAUGGAUUCAUGUUGGAUGUACAUAAACGAAUCCAUCGGCUCAAGCAAAGUUUGCCCAAGAGAAAAGUGGGUAAAAUGGCAAAGGCGUAUGAUCCUAUCGCACCGGUUGCUGAAGAAAUCAGUGAGGAGGCCUGUCUUCUGUGUUUUGACGAGUUUCAGGUCACUGAUAUCGCAGAUGCCAUGAUUCUUAAGCAGCUCUUUGAGAACCUCUUUCUGAAUGGGGUUGUAGUUGUUGCCACGUCUAACCGACCUCCAGAUGAUCUGUACAAAAACGGAUUACAGAGGGUGAACUUUGUGCCUUUCAUCGCCGUGCUAAAGGAGUACUGUCAAACGCUGCGUCUGGAUUCCGGAAUAGAUUAUCGGAGAAGAAAUCGCCCUGCAGCUGGGAAACUCUUCUACCUUUCCAGUGAACCUGAUGUUGAUGCAACACUCGAUAAGCUGUUCGAUGAGAUGGCCUUCAAACAGAAUGACAUUACUCGGCCCAGAUCUCUAAAGGUACAUGGCAGGAUAUUGACACUUGCUAAAGCAUGUGGGACCAUAGCAGACUGCACUUUUGAGGAGCUGUGUGAUCGACCGAUAGGAGCAAGUGACUACCUGGAGAUCUCUGCUGUGUUUGACACCGUUUUAAUCCGAAACAUUCCAUUGCUCACUUUGAACAAGAAGACGCAAGCCAGACGCUUCAUAACUCUCAUUGACGCACUGUAUGAGCACAAGGUUCGAGUUGUGUUGCAGGCUGAAGCUCCAUUAGAUGAUCUGUUUGUUCAUGAACACCACGGCGAUCACGACCAUCAUGACACUCAUGUUUUAUUGGAUGAUCUGGGCAUUUCAAGGGAUGCAGCCAGCUCGUUGGCGAUCUUUACAGGAGAAGAGGAGGUGUUCGCCUUCCAGAGGACUGUAUCUCGCCUUACUGAGAUGCAAACAGAGGAGUACUGGGUUGCAGGAGAUCGGAGCUCUAAGUAGCUUUUAUCAUUACUAACUCCAUAUACACAGCGGCCAUCUCAACUAUCUUAAGACUCAGCCUCUCAUGAGGUCCUGGGAUCAACUCCAUUUUGAUUUGGUGAGGACUGUAUUUUAAUCAGAACUGUAUGAAAUAAUGCUGCACUUUAUAAACGCACAUGCAAACAUGAAUAAGAGACCUCUUUUUGAGGUUUGGUCUUGAAUGAUGGGCAGUUUUUUUUUGGAAGAAUGUGGAUGUGGUUCUGCCAAAGAUGUGUUUUGAAAUCAGGCUGCCCUUCUGGUUAUGUAAAUGGUUUGUGGAAUAUUUUAUUGACAGAUAGCUGAUAUGCAACCUGUUUAAGAUUGUUUGCAUUAAAACUAUUUGAACUUUUA